UGUGGAUGUAAGAUGAUCUGGUAGUGGAGUGGGGUAGAGAGCAGGCAGCAGCUCUGUGGUGCUGCCGUGGUGAUUUGCAGUGUGUAGAGCCAGCUGUCAGUCUGACUGUGUGUGGUAGGGGACGGGUUUGGUUGCUGGGCUGGAGACAGGCCAUUUGCUUAGUGUCUGGGAUAGAAUCAACAGAAAGAGAGUGAGAGAGAAAGGGUGAGAAAAAAAGAAGUGGAGACCCCUUAGUCUCUCCAGGGCCCCUUUACAUUCUUGUAGCUUUUGUUUUACUUUUCCUAUAGCUGAGAUUCAAUAGCAGAAUUACUCUUCUCACCUUAUUACUUGAAGUGCAAGUCAUCAAAAAAGUGAAAACUGUGGAUGGUCUGCAUGCAGACUUAAAGAUCGGGUAACAUGCUAUGUCAUGCAUUCUGACUUCUUUACACUGUUGAACGGGCUGGCUUCUCAUGCUUAACAUGGUCAACUUGUUAAAAAACGAGUUGGACAUAUGACGUAGUAUUUCUGUGCUUGAUACACUCCCCCAGCACUCCAACUUGUUUCGGAAAGUUUCAUAACAGGGAUCCUAUUCCUUCUAUUGGGCAAUACUCCCGGAAAAGCACGUUAAGGCGAAAGAAAUAGCCCGCCCAUGCACCAACCGACAAGCAUAGGAAGACCCGCUUAUCAAGAUUGGCUGCGCUGUGGGCCUGCAGCUGCAGCUUGUUACUCUUGCGAUAGGGAGAGAAUUUUGAGCUGUGUUCGUUUGUUCACGGCAUUUUAAUGAUGGAUGUUAAAUAAACGGUGGAUAUAACGUUGGAUUUGGAGAUCAUUUGAAACUGAUAGAUGGCGUGGUCCCAGUGCUAAAAGAUGCCGGACAUGAACUGCACACGAUAAGUCAAACUAAGUCAUAUGUCUGUGUUUUGUUGGCAACCGGUGUGUACAUGCAUAAUGUAAAAAACACGAAGGGAUUAAUGCGAUGAUGUGUUGUGUGCGCAUGCUGUAGUUCCGUCCCACUGCCUGCCUCCAGCAGCUCGUGUUUUUACAGAAAUAAAAUUUGACCAAACUAAAUAUACUAAUGUAUAGGUACUCAAGAUGAAUAUGAGAUUGGCAGAAACUGCGUGUGUUACCUGAUCUUUAACAAGUCUUGAACUCAUGUUGUUGCUACAGCUUUUGUGAAAACCUGCUUCUCAAGUGGUUGUAGGUUGAGGCUGUGUUGUUGUGUGUUUGUUUGUGUGUGUUUGUAUGUGUGAGUUCAAGGGUUGUUUUUCAAGUGCAGAUGUUGGGCUUAAUUGCGGGUUUGGAUUGGUAUUGUUUCAAAGCGGUAAAAUGCAGGAGAGGUUUGGUCUUGGGAAUUUUCAAGUGCUUUGUCAAAUGGUUGUAUACUUGUAUCACCUGUUUAACAAAGUGUUCAGUUUGGUGCAAAUGCAGUCAGCUCUCUUUUCAGGUUUCAUUAUUUUAAAGAGACAGACAGAAAUGUACUAAAUAAUGUAUUGUCAUUGUAUAACUAUUAUGUUUUUUGUACAAUUUCUCAUACUGGACUUAAACAAGCAACCAACCACAUAGCAAUUAUCAGAAACACCCUAGCAACCACCUGCCAGCAUUGUGGUAGUGAGUUUUGAAUAGGCAAGCACCACUUAUAUUGUCUUGUGGUAAAUUAUGUGUGUAAAUAUAAAACAGUAUUUAUAGCAAGCAAAUAACCUAUAUAAACCUGUUUAAAUUUUUUGGAUAAAAUAUAUGUCGGUACACGAUCCGGGAUGCCUGCACGAUCCGUCCGUGUAUGCGCAUAAUGACUUAGUAGAAAACGCGCAUGCGCAAAUGAUAAUUCUGUUUUGCGACGAUUUACGACACUGCACGAUCUGUUCCACGCUUGCGCACCUUUGUACCGUGACUUUCACUACUGUCCACCUCUGGUCUCAUGUCACUUCUGUGUGCACACUGAAAGUGAAAGUGACCUAUUAGUCAGAUAUGGUGACCCAUACCCGAAAUGUGACUUCUGCAUUUAACCCAUCCAGAGCGUAGUGAACACACGCACAGCAAGUGGUGAACACACGUACACCCGGAGCAGUGGGCAGCUAUCACUGCAGCGCCCGGGGAGCAAGUAGGGGUAAGGUGCCUUGCUCAAGGGCACCUCAGUCGUUACCCGCCGGACCCUGGGAAUCAAACCGGCAACCUUCUGGUCACGAGUCCGACUCUCUAACCAUUAGGCCAUGACUGCCCACUCUGCGUUCUUUCAAGUCAUUUCCAUUGUCAGUUUGACACUUGUUUGUAGUUCUUUCUUCAUGUAAGUGCAGAUAGUCUAGGCAGAAAUGCAUAUUAUGUUCCUUAUUGUCUUCUGUAAACACCAUUGAAGGGAUUAUUUUCCUCAUUUAGAUUAUAUAGAUAGAUAUAUUAGCCUAUAUAGAUCCAUACUAAUACAAAAUUACUCAAUUUAAAGUUAACUAAUAUUAGCAGCUUUUAAUAAAAAAACGACACAAACCAUCUUUGACAAUACUACCGACUUCAGAUCGAAACACAGCAAGUUAAGUAAUCCUAUGGCCAUACAGCAAUGAAUCGCAAAGGGGAGUAUGGAGGAAACUGAAGGUUUGCAGUGACAGAAAGACUCAGACUUUAUUCCACAUGUAACCAAAAUCGUGUAUGUUCAUGUAACAACUCCUUUAUUAUUUUGGAUUGGCAACCACGUAAACACAUCGUAAUUCAUAGCGUAAGAUACAUUUAAAAACAUCAAAAUAGACCCACCGUGAACUGUUAAAUGAAAAACACAAUGUAGCCUACAAAAAUAUGCCGCCAGUUGUGCCGCCUGGCCGUCAAGUGUUUCAUCGCAUGCGUGAUACCAAUAGUGUAGGGAAACCGUGACGUUUUUACUACGUAAUUACGGGCAUGCACAUCCCGGAUCGUGCAGGCAUCCCGGAUCGUGUACUGACAAUAUACAUUAAUGUGUAAAGGAAAGGAUUGGCUAUAUUUUACACGUUGUGACUGGUCACCAUCUUUCUAAAGUUUUAACCAUUUCAGUCACUUUUAAUUACUCACUUGGUGUGGCAAAUUCGUUUUUAAAAGUAAAUACUAAAUAUUGUCUUCCUUAAUAUGGGAAAAACUCAAUUAUUUUAAUUAAUUUUAAUAAUUCUAAAAGAAUCAGCAAAUGGGGUUAAAAUUUGGAAGUUACAAAUGAGUAUAUCAUACAGGACAUUUGGAAAAUUCCAGCAUUAUGGAUGUGACAUUUUUAGUCAAAACUUGAAAUAGAAAUUCUCAGAGAAUGUAUUUUUAAAUGUAAUUAUCUGUUUAUAUUUUACUAAACCCCAGAUAAUAUGUCCAGACAUCAGAAAGUAUCAGUCUAUACGCAAGUUUUCUAUUUUAAAAAAAGGAAAUAUACACGUAUGGAUGUGACAAAAAGGAUGCACGUUUUAGAGACAGCAUACCUGUACAUUGUAUGAUGUCUGUGGAUUCAAAUGCAGAAGCAACAUUACCCAACAAAUGGAGAAGGAAUUCACCUCAAACCACCAAAUAUUGAAAUCUGAUCCAUCAGUAACGUCAAAACGUUUGGUAAAAAUCUUAAGGGUGGUAAAGGAGGAGAUCUCUGAUGACAAUGCCAAGCUGCCCUGCUUUAAUGGAAGGGUUGUGUCCUGGCUGGUGUCGUCAGAUACCCCUGCAGCAGAGCCUCCAGCCCCUCCUGUGGAGGUCCAACCUCAGCCCUCACCUCCCCCUCCUCCCCUACCUCCACCUCCAGCUGAGCGGACAGGGGGCAUUGGAGACUCCAGACCCCCCUCCUUCCAGUGGGUUCCCAACACUGCAGGCAGUCUGGAGAGCCUAGAUGAUCAGACAGAGACGGAGUCAGUUGUGUCUUUCAGAAAAGAAAGACCUCGGCCCAAAGAGAGCUUAGAGAAACAUGGUCCACGUAUGAAUGGUCAGUCCCAUUUGGAAAGACACCUGGAAGGAUAUGAAAGUGCAACCACAGUGAUGAGCAGUGAAUUGGAGACCACCAGCUUCUGUGAUUCAGAUGAUGACGAUACAAUGAGCAGGUUCAGUAGCUCUACUGAGCAGAGCUCAGCUUCUAGAUUGCUUAAACGGCAUCGCAGACGCAGGAAACAGCGCCCCCGGCUGGAGAGGGCUUCCUCUUUCAGCAGUGUAACCGAUUCAACCAUGUCCCUAAACAUUAUUACAAUCACUCUUAACAUGGAGAAGUAUAAUUUCUUGGGCAUCAGUAUAGUGGGUCAGAGUAAUGAGAGGGGAGAUGGAGGUAUCUACAUCGGCUCUAUCAUGAAGGGCGGGGCUGUGGCUGCUGACGGUCGCAUUGAACCUGGAGACAUGCUCCUGCAGGUCAAUGACAUCAAUUUUGAGAACAUGAGUAAUGAUGAUGCAGUUAGGGUUCUACGUGAGAUUGUGCACAAGCCAGGACCCAUCACCCUGACAGUAGCAAAAUGUUGGGACCCCUCUCCUCAAGGAUAUUUCACUCUGCCAUCCAACGAGCCAAUCCGACCUAUUGACCCUGCUUCAUGGGUCAACCAUUCUGCAGCAUUAACGGGCGCGUAUCUGUCCUACCCUAGCAGCACAAUCACCUCAAGUUCAUCUGUCACUGAAACUGAACGCUUUGACGACUUCAGUCUGUCUCUGCGCUCCGAUAUGGUAUCGAUUGCUAAGGCAAUGGCAUCUCCGGAAUCAGGCUUGGAGGUCAGAGACAGAAUGUGGCUGAAGAUCACCAUUCCCAACGCUUUCCUGGGUUCUGAUGUGGUUGAGUGGUUAUACCAUCACAUUGAUGGGUUUCAGGAUAGACGAGAAGCUCGUAAAUAUGCCAGUAACCUACUGAAGGCCGGUUUCAUCCGACACACCGUCAACAAGAUCACCUUCUCUGAACAGUGUUAUUACAUAUUCGGAGAUUUUAGCAAUUGUGAAAAUUAUAUGGCCAAUUUAUCUCUUAAUGAUAAUGAUGGCUCCAGUGGUGCUUCAGACCAGGAUACUUUGGCUCCUCUUCCACUGCCAGGGGCGACGUCAUGGCCCCUGCUUCACUCUUUCCCGUACCAGUAUCCUCAACCUUACUCCAGUCAGCCACCUCCCUACCACGAGCUCUCCAACUACAGCUAUGGCCCAGGCAGUGCAGGCAGCCAGCACAGUGAAGGUAGUCACAGCAGUGGCUCCACACGCAGUGAUGGGGACAGGAGAAGAGGCAGCAAGAGUGUAGCUGGGAGUAUAGCUGACGGCAGCACACGUGAUGACAAAUCUCCUGGCGGGGGUGGGGCCGACUCGCGUUCUGGAAGCGGAAGCGAAUCAGAUUACUCUGUUCGCAGCAGUCUGAGAUGGGACCGCGGCUCAGCCACGGCCAGUGAACAUAGCCGCUCAAGUCAACGCUCACAUCAUCGCCCCCCACCCGCUCACCUUUCCCCAUAUCCUGCUGGAAUCCCCAUCCCUUACAACCCAAUGAUGGUAAUGAUGGUGCCUCAGCAUCCACACCCACAUUUAGCACUUGGAUCCCCACUCCCACAAACCCCGACUUUGCCUCACCAUCCUGUUUUGCCACCCUCCAUCACACCUGGGGGGCCACCUGGAGCUCCACCAACCCGAGACCUGGGCUCAGUCCCCCCUGAGCUCACUGCAUCCCGACAGUCUUUUCACUUAGCCAUGGGCAACCCCAGCGAGUUCUUUGUGGAUGUUAUGUAAUGAAGGGGAAGGAAAUCAUGUGUAUAAGUUGGUGCAUGUGUGAAUGAGUGAAUGUUGAAAGAUUUGAAAUAAUGUGAUAACUGUGAGUUUUACUGUGUGCCUGGCAGUAAAUGUAGUUUACUGUAUAAGUGCAGCUCUCUCGAGUUUUUGUCUAUACUGGUAGGAACAGGGUUUAUGUAUACAGAUGGAACAUUAAUGGUAGCACAGAAUUUAAAAUCCAUUUUGUCUUUGUGGUAUUAAAUGCAACAAAAGAA